GUGGCCAUGGCUACAGGGCAGGUGCUGUUCCAGCGUUUCUUUUAUACAAAAUCAUUUGUGAAGCAUUACAUGCAGCAUGUGUCGAUGGCCUGUCUUCAUUUGGCUUCCAAAAUUGAAGAAGCCCCACGGCGCAUAAGAGACGUGAUCAAUGUAUUCCACAGACUUCGGUUGCUGAGAGAGAAGAAGAAACCUGUCCCCCUAAUACUGGAUCAAGAAUACGUUAACUUGAAGAACCAAAUUAUCAAGGCGGAGAGGAGAGUUUUGAAAGAACUUGGAUUUUGCGUGCACGUGAAGCAUCCUCACAAGAUAAUCGUUAUGUACCUUCAGGUAUUAGAAUGUGAACGUAACCAGCACCUGGUCCAGACCUCAUGGAAUUACAUGAACGACAGCCUGCGAACAGAUGUUUUUAUGAGAUACCAUCCGGAGACGAUCGCUUGUGCCUGCAUUUACCUUGCUGCUCGGACACUUCAGAUUCCUCUUCCAAACCGCCCUCACUGGUUUCUUCUCUUUGGAGCUACCGAGGAGGAAAUUCAAGAGGUCUGCCUAAAAAUCUUAAAACUCUACACAGUGAAGAAGAUUGACCUGGCCGUUCUGGAAAGCCGCGUAGAGCAGCGGAGGCUGGCCAUGGAAGAGGAAAAAGCCCAGGCCAAAGGCCUAGUGCCAGACGGAACGCCCCAUCUGGCCGUGUCUGGUUUUUCUCCAAUCCCCAAGCCCGAAUCGCCAAAAGACACCAAAGGCAGCAUUAAGCCUUCCCCGCUGCCUGUGCAGGCAGUCAAAAAUGCCAAGAGGAAGACCGAAGGGAUGAAGAGAUUGAGGUCCAAAAGUCCAAUUAAUGGCGUUCAGAAAGGCCGCGAGAGCAGGAGCCGCAGUAGAAGCAGAGAGCAGAGCUAUUCCCGAUCCACGUCGCACUCCCCUUCUCCCAAAAAGAGGAAAAGCGAAAGCUAUUCCACCUCCAGCUGCUCCAAGUCGCACAGCCGUUCGAGGAGCCGCAGCGAUUCGCCUCCCCACCAGUUCGGCCACACCGCCUCCACUUACCAAAGCUCCAAGAUGCGCAACUACAAGAAGGACAAGGGAUACAAGUACGGCUCUCCCAAAGCCCGGCGGUCUCGCAGCCGCAGCUCCUCGAGAUCCCGCAGCCGUUCGCGGGAACGCUCCGAGCACACCGGCAAGUACCGGAAGAAGAGCCACUACUGCAGGGAUCAAAGGCCCGAGCGGCACCACCCGUAUGACAGGCCGAGCCAUCGCUAUGACAGAGACCACCCCGGCCACAGCCGGCACCGGAGAUGAAGUCAGACAACACAGCCAAAGCUCCCCCCCUCCCCUCCGGCCUCAGCUACUUAGCCCUCUUUUGCCUAAGGCUGGACUAUGGAGCCUUAACAAACUUCUUGACUACUAGUUAAGGGCACGGACCCUACACAGGCAAAUUAGGAUUGACAGGGGGCCCCCUUUGGCUUUUUACCCCCUCCUCUCUUGAUAUAGGGCUGUUGCUUGUCUGCUGGAUUUUGUGUCUGCUUCCUGCUGGUGUGAUGUCCCUUUGAACUGUCAAAAAGCAGGACUGUAGCCUGCAUCGGAUUCUGUGGAGGAAAACCUCAGGACACUGUUCAGAGGGUUGGGAUUCCCCCUGCUCCCUCCCCAAUUUUUAUAAAAAAAUAUUUCUCACACGCCCACAGGAUCUUGGGAAGUCACCCCAACAACAUUUUGUUUGGUGCUAACAGCAUUUUUCUUUCUCUCCGUUUUCUCUUUUUUUUUUCUUACCGUGAACCUGUUUGCAUUAUUACAGAAAAAGGUGAUUUCCAGAUUCUUUAAAAAAAAUCUAGUGCCUAUAUUAGGCAGUUGCGGAGAGAAGGAAUACCUGAUGCUGAAAUGGGAAGGAUGGGGGAAAAGCUUUAACCCUUUUCAAAGUGCAAAUGUGUUUCAAGUAAUGUUUGGAACUUGGGAACCCGCAUCCUGAGAAUGCAAAUGUUUACGUUCCUUAACUGGAGGUUCUUUUUCCCCACAGGCCUACUUCUUCUUUUUAUUAUUAUUAUUAUUAUUUUUUAUCCCCAGCAGAAAGAACUAUGGAAUAGUAUUUAAAUUCCACGUGUUGAAAGUGGGUUUUUUUUAAAAAGAAGGAAACAAAAAUCCUGGUGCUGGCCACCAAUUUUCCAAGCUGCGGAUGAUUUCAUAGAGCUUAACCUUUUACGUGGUUUAGUUAAUAAUAAAAUUUACUCAGGAUCUUUUCAAAAAGUCUGAAAGAAAUGAUUGUUUUUGUCUGUUCUUAGCUUGCUGAAGAAAAAGGUGUUUAUAUUAAGAGAGAAAUGUGUGCAGCACAAGAAUAUCCGUUUUAGUGGUAUAUCUGAGCUGUCUUCCUGUUCCUUAAUUUCAUUAAAGUAUUUGAUUUUGUAUUUAAA